GUGACGCGAGGCGGAGAGGCCGUCCGGCGUGGUGAUCCCGAUCGCGGCUCUCGUUCCGCCGGACACCGCCGCUCUUUCGCCGGCAUGAGCGGCUCGCCGCCGCCUCCGCCUUCCCCGGCCCCGAACAAAAACGCCCCGAGGAGCCGGAGCAUCCGCGUGGGCACCCGCAAGAGCCAGCUGGCUCGUAUCCAGACUGACAGUGUAGUGGAGAUGCUCCAGGUGCAGCACCCUCACCUCCGCUUCGAGAUAGUUGCCAUGUCAACCACUGGAGACAGGAUUCUGGACACAGCCUUAUCCAAGAUUGGAGAGAAAAGCCUUUUCACAAAAGAGCUGGAAAACGCACUGGAAAGAGAUGAGGUGGACUUGGUGGUUCACUCCCUGAAAGACCUGCCCACUUCCCUGCCACCAGGCUUCACCAUUGGCGCCAUCUGCAAGAGAGAAAACCCCCACGAUGCAGUUGUCUUUCACCCCAAACAUGCUGGCAAAACCCUCAGUAGCCUCCCUGAGAAGAGUGUAAUUGGGACCAGCUCACUUCGCCGUGCAGCUCAGCUGAAAAGGAAAUUCCCUCGGCUGCAGUUCAAGGAUAUUAGGGGCAACCUGAACACCCGCCUGAAGAAGCUGGAUGACAAGGAGGACUUCAGCGCCCUGGUUCUGGCGGCAGCUGGGCUCAGGCGCAUGGGCUGGGGGAACCGCAUUGGCCAGAUUCUGAGCCCCGUGGACUGCUUGUAUGCGGUUGGGCAGGGCGCCUUGGCUGUGGAGGUGCGGGCCAAAGACCAGGAGAUCCUAGAGAUGGUCUCUGUUUUGCACGAUGAGGAGACCGUCCUGCGCUGCAUCACUGAGCGAGCCUUCAUGAAGCACCUGGAAGGAGGCUGCAGCGUGCCGGUGGCCGUGAGCACCCUGCUGAAGGAUGGCCAGCUGUACUUGACUGGAGCAGUUUAUAGCCUUGAUGGUUCCGACAGCUUGCAAGAGACCAUGCAAAGAAAUGUGAAUUUUUCCCUAGAGAAUGAAGACGGUCCAGAUGACAACCUCCAACAUGUUGGCAUCACAGCAAGGAGCAUCCCUCGCCUUGCUCAGGAGGCUGCUGAGAGGUUGGGGCAGGAGGUGGCUGAUCUGCUGCUGAGCAAAGGGGCCAAACAGAUCCUCAAUGUGGCGAGGCAGCUCAGCAGUGCAUGAUGGGCACCACCUCCUGGGAGAGCUAUGACACCGGCCAGUUGUCCAUCCCCCCUGCAAGAGAGGGGAGGAGCCAGGGAUGACCUGCCACUGCACUGCCGGGGAGCAAAGAACUUCCGUUGGUGGGAAACCACAUGCAGGGUCUGGGCCGGAACUGCCCGUAUCUGCACAGCCGCCAAGAGACCCCCUGGGCUGCCCAGGCAGAGGCGGUGAAGUUGGGACUCUGCUGGGACUCGGAACAAGUCUCACUAAAACCGAUUAAAGAGAUAGAACACG